AUGGCUGUCGCUCGACCCGUGAGAUUCUUGGGGGCGCUGUCCGUCAUCCUGGUCUUCUUCCUGAUCUAUCAGUACUUGCGCCCCGUUCCAUCCAUAUCGCUACCCGGCGCCGUGGUCGGAAAUGGCGAAAAGAUUGAUAACAUGGAGCGUGAUCCGCUCUUGGACCCCGUUGGCGAACCUCCCGAACCGCUCUGGCGACAUGGCGACCACGACUAUUCCCCAGACAGUCUGAACUCAGCACGAAUCAAUGCCACCCUUCUCUCCCUGGUCCGAAAUGAAGAACUUCAUGAACUUCUCCCGACCAUGAAACAACUCGAAGAAACAUGGAAUCACAAGUACAACUAUCCCUGGACGUUUUUCAACGAUGUUCCUUUCACCGAGGAAUUCAAAAAGGCCACGCAGGAAGUCACCAAGGCCAAAUGUUCAUACAAUUUGAUCCCCACGGAACAAUGGGAGAUGCCCUCGUGGGUCAACCAGGAGCUGUACGACGAGUCCGCCAAGAUCCUGAAGGAGAAUGAUGUUCAGUAUGCCGGGAAGAUAUCCUACCACCAAAUGUGCAGAUGGAACAGCGGCAUGUUCUAUCGCCAUGAGGCACUGAAAGACAUGCAAUAUUACUGGCGGGUGGAACCCAAAGUCAAGUUCUUCUGCGACGUGGAUUAUGAUGUCUUCCGAUACAUGCAAGAUCACAACAAGACCUACGGGUUUAACAUCAAUUUGUUCGAUUCACCCGAAUCGAUCCCGUCGCUGUGGCCGGAGACAAUCAAGUUCCUCGCCGCCCAUCCCGAGUAUCUGAACAAGAAUAACGCAAUGGCAUGGUUGACCGACAGCCAACGACGACCAGACAACAAUAUCAAGGCCCAUGGGUACAGCACCUGUCACUUCUGGUCCAACUUCGAAAUUGCCGAUCUCUCCUUCUGGCGGAGUAAGGUGUAUGAAGAUUAUUUCACCCAUCUGGACCGGACAGGUGGAUUUUUCUAUGAGCGAUGGGGUGACGCUCCGGUCCACAGCAUCGCUUUAGGGCUGUUUGAAGACGCCAGCAAGAUUCACUGGUUCAAAGAUAUCGGGUACAACCAUAUUCCAUUUUACAAUUGUCCGAACUCGCCCAAGUGUCGCGGAUGUACACCGGGACAGUUCUACGGGGGUGAAUCAUGGCUGCAACGAGAAGAUUGUCGACCUCUGUGGUUCAAAUACGUUGGCACUGGCUGA